UCUUCUCUCAAUUUGAUGGCACAGUCUCUCCUCUCAUACGACGUCACUGACCUCUGUCUCGGCAAGCCUCCUCUCCGUUGUCUCUCCGCCUCUUCCUCCUCUGUAUCCGACGCCAUCACCGCCCUCAAAUCCUCUGAAGAUCCUUUCCUCUCCGUCUGGAACUGCAAUCACGACCAUGAUGAUAUCGCAGACUGCGAGUGUCUGGGAAAGAUAUCAAUGGCUGACGUCAUCUGCCACUUGUCAAAAGACGAAGUCCACACACUCUCUGCCUUGAACUCACCUGUCUCUGUUCUUCUCCCCACAACUCGCUCCCUCGUCCUCCAUGUUCAACCUUCGUGCAGCUUGGUUGAAGCAAUUGAUCUGAUAACACAAGGAGCACAUAAUCUGAUUGUCCCGAUUCAGACAAAGACCACCACCAAGAAGAGACAGCAAAACGACAACGUCUCAAUCACCACCACUCACUCGAACGGACAAAGAUUCUGCUGGAUCACACAAGAAGACAUCGUUCGCUUCCUCCUCGGAUGCAUCGCCGCGUUCUCUCCUCUCCCCGCGAUGUCAAUCUCCGAUCUCGGCAUCAUCAACAGCUCACACGCAGUUCUCGCCGUCAACUACAACUCCUCCCCCUCCCUCGUCGUCUCCGCCGUCUCCCGCGCUCUCACCGACCAAACCUCCGUCGCUGUCGUCGACAACGAAGGAGACGAUUCAUCCAUGUACCUCAUCGGAGAGAUCUCUCCGAUGACGCUAACCUGCUGCGACGAGACGGCUGCCGCGGCGGUGGCGACACUCUCCGCAGGGGACUUGAUGGAGUACAUAGACGGUGUGAAUCCGCCGGAGAGUCUCCUCCAAGAAGUGAGAAACCGUCUCGAGAGUAGAGGACUGAUGGGUUUGCUCUCGCUUUUGGACUCUAUCUCGCUCUCGUCGUCGUCGCCGACGUCGGGUUACUCGUCGGAUGAAGAGGCUCCGGCGAGGGCGUUCGGGAGGUCGAUGAGUAUAUCGACGAGAAUGGCGAGGAAGGCGGAGGCGGUGGUGUGUAAUCCGAAGAGCUCGUUGAUGGCGGUGAUGAUUCAGGCGAUUACUCACCGGACGAAUUACACGUGGGUGAUUGACAAGGAUGGGUGCUUUGUUGGCAUGGUUACUUUUGUUGAUAUCUUAAAAGUUUUUAGGACAUUUUUGUAGUAUAUCUUCUUUUUUCUUUUGUGUUUUCUAUUUUACUAAAACCCAGCAAAAAAACAAUAAAAUGUGUUGUUAAGGGUUUUUGUUUUGUUUUUUGUAUGUGUGUCUGGAUGAGUUCGGUUGGAUAUUGCUAUCAAUUAAAAAGGAACUAAAUAUUUUUC